AAAACGGACGAUGUUUCCGGAUACAGUUGGUCAGGCGUUAGGCCUAGGUUAUUGAUCAAAAUUCGAUGGACACUGGCCAGUUUCACAUAAAUCAUGUGAACAUUUCUAUGGAUUUUUGUUUAGGAUAUUGAAUGAGUAACCAUUUGGUGUUGGCGAAACAUGGCAUAUGAUAAAUUGAAAGUCAUAAAAUUUGAAUUAGACAGACAAAGAUGGAGAGUUAAAAAACAUCUGAAUAGGGCAGAAAUUUGGAUCAUCCAGUCAAAAAAAAACUAUGAGAGAGCUCAACGAGUAUACAGAUAUUUCUUCAGUGAAGAGAGAAAUAUCUAUCCAUUUUACAUUCCUGCAUUUAUCUAUAUUUUCUUACUUCUCUUGCAUGCAUUAUGGGAUAACAUUCCAGAUUACUGGAAUAGCGUGUAUACACAGCCUACCUUUCCCGAGGUUCCACCUCCCAUGUUAGAAUACUCAAGUGCUCAAUAUCCUAACGAAAUCACGGUUGUGACAGCUUAUUUUAACCUUGGAGAUUUUCAGAAGGGUCCAAUAAAUAUUUUUACACAAGACAUGUACAAGCAGUGGAUGUCUGCAUAUUCUAAGCUCAACAACAGCGUCAUUGCAUUCACUGAUUCUGAGGACAUAGCCAGACUUUUCAGACAGGAAAGGACUAAACAUUUUGCAGAGAUGUUAACCCAAGUCCAUGUUGUCAAACGAGAUGACUUUUGGGCAUUUAAACUCGCUCCUAGAAUCAAAGAUAUAUACUCAGAGCCAGAUUAUCCCAAAUUUCCACCAAAUACUGUGAACGAAUAUUACUCUUGUGCAAUGCAUAUAAAGUAUGAACUUCUAGAAAUUGUGAUUAAGAAAAAGCUCCAUAGGACUAGAUAUUUAUCAUGGGUCGAUAUAGGUUACUUUCGGGAGAAAAUGAAUAAGAUUUACAAACUUGAGCCCCCAGAUAAUUUGAAGGAGGGCCAUAUUGCAUAUACCCAGAUUCAUCCAUUUUAUGAGUACAUGCAGCCAGAGGAUAUAAUAAAGAACAAUGCUGUGUGGAUAGCUGGAGGUUUUAUCUUAGGAAAACCAGAAUACCUCAUGAUCAUGAUUGAAGAUUAUCGGAAAGCUGUGGAGGACUUGAUUUCUAAACGUUUGAUGGACACUGAUCAACAAGUCCUGUAUAUUCUGUAUUCUCAGUACUCCGAUGUCAAACCCAGGGUACCAGUUCAAACAAUUUACCACCUGUGUAGGUGUAACUGGUUCUUCCUUGGAGAGCUCUGUCGUGAUACAUAUGAUCGACAAUUUAGACCAUUUUUUCCUUUGUUGAACUUUUUAUCUUACUUAGUGUAAACUUUGCCUAUUUUAUAAAGUUUGCGUCCAGACGGUCCUCAAUAACUAUGGUGCAUUUCGAAGAUUUGACUCUCUUUAGUUUAACUCCUAUGUUUUAAUAUAAAAGAUAAAUAAUUUUAUCAACAAAUAUUGAGUCCUUUUUAAAAAAAAAACAAUUUUCAGAAUGUACAGUGAAACUUGUCUAAUCUGGAUGUUCUGUAAUCCAAAAUCUUGUCUAAAAUUAUAUUUAAGCUUUUAAGUCCCUUGCAGAAAUUUCAGCUGUUUUAAAUGUUGUCAAAUCCAUAAAGUCUUACCCAGCCAGUUUCUUUGGAACCCGUGGUGUCCAGAAUAGACAAGUUUUACUGUACAUGUAUUGCUAUACUGUAGAUCACUUAAUUUUUGUGACACCUUAUUUUCACGAGAUAGUCAUUGACUCUUUAUUACCAAGACAAAAUUUUCACGAAUUGUGGUCAAUGCUCUAU